CUCUAUUCCUGGGGAUUCGCCUUUCCCACCAGAGCACCACCAGCAGAGGAGCCACCACCUCUCCCUGUGUGACCCAAGGACCCCUCGGACCUCACUUUCUGCUCCUGGGGAUACACCCUUCCCUCCAGAGCACACCAGGGAGGACACUGGUGUGGACUUCAGGACAGCAGGUCAAGUUUGAUAAGGUGGUCCCCUGUCACCAUGAUGAUUUGAGAGUCUUCUUCCUCCAUGCUCAAAGAGACAUAUAUCUAUUUUUACAGCUGCUGAAGGUGACAUGAGAUAUCUGAGCUGCAUUGGUUGGUUGAGCAUCAUUGUUCAAGAAGUAUUUAUUGUUUAUUUAGAUAUUAUGAAGGGAUAGGACAUACCAGAUGAAAGAUGAUGCAGCAGAUUUGAAGCCUGAGACUUGGAACUUGGCAGCCCCAAAUCAACUUGGGUUAAUUCAGUUCUCCAAACCCUAUCUGAACACUCUCAGUUCCCUGGCCUUGUUGCAGCUCUCUGACCCUAGAAUCCUCUUCAGCUGCAGCUAAAAUGCUGCAUCAAGCACUUCGCCGAUUUGGUCAAAAGCUGGUAUGCAGACGUAAGCUGGAACAACCGGUGGCUAAGGAUGACCCAUCCAGAAGCCUGAGCACUCUGGAUUUAGUGGUCCUGGGUGUGGGCCACACAGUAGGUGUAGGUGUGUAUGUCUUAGCUGGUGACGUGAUCAGCAAUCAAGCAGGACCAUCCAUUGUGAUCUGCUUCUUGGUGGCUGGCCUAUCUACUGUGUUGGCUGGGCUGUGCUAUGCAGAGAUUAGUGCCCGUAUUCCCCAUUCUGGCUCUGCUUAUCUCUACACCUAUGUCACUAUAGGUGAAUUCUGGGCCUUCGUCACUGGCUGGAACCUCAUCCUUUCCUGUGUUGGUGGUAUAGCCAGUGUGGUCCAAGCCUGGAUCUUAGCUUUUGCUAGCCUGAUUGGGAUCCAGAUCUUUCAGAAACUGCAUGAGAGCAUUGCACCAUAUGUUUCCCAGGUCUUUUCAGAAUACCUAGACUUCUUUGUUGUGGGCCUUGUGUUGUUGCUCAUGGGAUUGCUGACUCUGUGGGUGGAUGAGAUUUUCCUGGUUAACAAAGUGCUCACAUUGGUGAGCCUUUUGGUUCUUACUUUUGUCAUCAUCGCUGGCUUCAUUAAGGGGGACCUGCACAACUGGAAGCUCACAGAAGAGGACUACGUAAAGGCUGGACUCAAUGACACCUCAAGCUUGGGCCCUCUGGGCUCUGGAGGAUUUGUGCCUUUCGGCUUUGAGGGGAUUCUCCGUGGAGCAGCUACCUGUUUCUAUGCAUUUAUAGGUUUCAGCAGUAUUGUUACCAGGGUUGACAAAGCCAAGAAUCCCUGGCGUUCCAUACCCAUGAGCAUUAUGAUUUCACUGUUCAUCUGCUUUUUGAUGUAUUUUGGUGUUUCUGUGGCACUUACACUUAUGGUGCCUCACUACAAGCUUCAACGUGGCAGCACCUUGCCUGAGGCCUUUCUUAAUAUUGGCUGGGCCCCUGCCUGCUAUGUUGUAGCUUUUGGAUUUAUCUGUGGUUUUCCUGCCAGCAUCUUCGGCUUUAUGGUCCCCAUACGUCAGGUGAUAUACAGGAUGUCAGAGGAUCACCUCCUGUUCCCUGUCCUUGCCAGGAUCCAAACUGGCAAAUACACCCGCAUCAUGGCCACUGUGAUCUUGAGCAUUAUUGCACCAAUCAUGGCCUUCUUCUUUAGACUCACUGAUCUUGUGGACCUCUGGUCACUUACUUUCCUGAUAGCUUACUCCCUGGUGGCUCUUUGUGUUCUCAUCAUCAGUUAUCAGCCUGAGAGGAGGACUGGGGGAAAUGAAGCAGAGAUGCGGGAGGAGAAUGGACCUGCAGCAGACAGGCUAACUCUACAAGGACUACUUUUUCCAGGCAGCUACUCCCCAACUCCACUUUCUGGCCGGGUUGUCCAUGUUUGCUCCUCACUGCUUGCUCUGCUGCUCACUCUUCUUUGCCUGGUGCUGGCCCACUGGCCAGUUCUGCUUUCUGGAGACCCAGUGUGGAUUUCAGUGGUUGUGCUGCUCCUGGUGCUCAUCACUGGGAUCACUGGGGUCAUCUGGAGACAGCCCCAGAGCCCCAGUCCUCUUCCCUUUAAGGUCCUUGUUCUCCCUCUCCUCCCACUACUGAGCAUCUUCAUGAAUGUUUACCUUAUGACGCAGGUGACAGCUGACGCCUGGAUCUUAUUUGGUAUCUGGAUGUUAAUUGGUUUUGCCAUCUACUUUGGCUAUGGGCUCCAGGGCAGCCUGGUUGCUAACCCCACUUAAGUUAGUUCCAAAACUAUAAACCUUGAACUCAGCAGUUCCAGUACAUAUUUGAUUUAACGUCAUCACACUGAAAUGCAGUCUUGUCCCCUGCACAAUUAUGUAGGGUACUCUUAGCACAUGGAAAUCUAGGUUUGCCAUGGGAUGUUGAUGUGGGGGAACACUAAUAGAGCUUGUAGUUAUUGUGAAGUGAAGGGUGUGUCUUUGCUCUUUCUCCUUUUUUUUUAAUUGUGUACUUU